UCGACGCAGUUCCAGACGGGAACAAAGGCCGACGGAGGAGCCGGAGCCGCACGAGCUGCACUGCGUCCACCGGCCGGGUCAGUGGACAGAGCGGGUGGUCCAACAGUGUGUGGACGGUACUGAGCUCUGUCCACCGGAGCCGACCACGGCGGAGGCGGCGAAUAUCAGUUGCAGCGGUCCAGACCGGGACAAAGGCCGACGGAGGAGCGGGAGCUGCACUGCGUCCACCGGCCGGGUCAGUCGACAAAGCGGGUGGUCCAACAGUGUGUGGACGGUACUGAGCUCUGUCCACCGGAGCCGACCACGGCGGAGGCGGUGAAUAUCAGUAAAAUAACAAAAGCGUUUCAUGACCUCACGGUGCAGAUGGAGCCCCGGCCAUUGGCAGACAGUGACGUCACGGUACAGACGGAGCCCCAGCCAUCGGCACACAGUGAUGCCACAGUGCUGAGAGAGGCGCUAAGGACCGUGACGACGUUCGACGCUCCGUCAGCCCUUGGAGAGGAUCAGCUGACGGCGCUCCUGCAGAGUCUUCCCCGCUUGGAGGAGCUGACCGUCAGGGUCCCGUCCUUCGGAACGGGGCGGUGGCUGCGGCUGCUGCCGACGUCACUGAGGACGCUAUACGUUGCCGGGCCGGAGGUGACGAAGCCGAGGUGGCCGGGACGGUACGGGAGUGGUCUGUCGGUAUCUCUCCAGGGGGUGGCUGCCGACACCAUCAGCCACUUGGCCACGGAGCUGGGGUCUCGGAUUACGCUACUAGACACAGAUGCACAAAUAACUACUAUCCCAAGUCAACUUCGUGGUGCCAUCAUCAGGGUGGACCCAAACACUGUCAUCCUUCCGGCCGGAGUCGGUGAGAGCGAGCUGACGGAGCUGCAGAGCUCACGGAAGACUGUGAAGCGGCUGUCAGUCACCGCCGCCGACCUCCCGCGACUGAGGGGGCAGCUGCCAAAGGGUCUCAGGCGCCUCAAUGUCAGAGGGCCGGAGGUGACGGAGCCGAGCUGGCCGGGAUGGGACGAGGAUGGUGUUCUGUCAGUGUCGCUCCUGGGGGUGGCUGCCGACACCAUCAGUCACCUGGCUGACCUGGGACGGACGGUCACAGUACUGGAGAUAUACGACUGUCCUGAUCUCACGGCCGGCAGCCUGGAGCCCCUCACCAGGUGCCGUGGGCUGCAGCGGCUGUCAGUCACCGCCGCCGACCUCCCACUACUGAGGGGACAGCUGCCGGAGGGUCUGAGCUUCCUCAAUGUCAGAGGGCCGGAGGUGACGGAGCGGAGGUGGCCGGAAUGGUACGGGAGUGAUCUGUCAGUGUCGCUCCAGGGGGUGGCUGCCGACACCAUCAGGCACCUCACUGACCUGGGACGGACGGUCACACAACUGGAGAUAUACGACUGUCCUGAUCUCACGACCGGCAGUCUGGAGCCCCUCACCAGGUUCCCUAAGCUGGAGCGUCUCACCCUGUCCGGCGGCGUCACUGACGCCGUGAGCCUGGAGCCCCUCACCAGGUACCCUGGGCUGUGGGUUCUCACCCUGUCCGGCGGCGUCCCUGACGCCGUGAGUCUGGAGCCCCUCACCAGGUGCCCUAAGCUGCUCAGUCUCACCCUGUCCGGCGGCGUCCCUGACGGCGUGCUGGACAGUCUCAGCGGCUGCCCCGGGCUGCAGACCCUCACACUGGGGGACCUCCAGCGGCCGGCAGAGACGGCCUUCACAGCAGCAGCGUACACCAGACUGGUGAAGUCGUGUCGGAAGCUGUGGUCGCUGUACCUUCACUGCACGGCGGACACCGGCCGGGCCGUGCUGACCGCCCUGAAGGAGGCGGACCUGGGCCGGGACAGUGAUGGCGAGCCCCGUACCAUCUAUCUCUGGGUCCCCGGGGAGCUGUACCGUCAGCUGGGGAGCCAGGGAGGCGAUGGGGUCAGAGUGUGGGAGUGGUGCUGAUUGAUGCGCUGCACUCCCGACCGUGCAGUGAUGAGCUGACUGCAGAGAGGCCGAGCCAGUCGGCCGGGGCCGCCAGCUGACUGCUGCCGUGUGUGCUGCACCAGCCGGCACUGAGAGCGGCGCCGGUCAGCCGGCACACG